CCACCCCCCGAAAGGCCGGCGCGGAGUUCCUGCCUCCCGACGGCACACACACGCUCCCCAAGGAUGCUGUGCCCCGGGCCGCACAGCCCCUCGGCGGGGCCGGGGCACGCAGCCUCCCCUCCCGCCGGAGGCGGCCCCGCGCCGCCCCCGCUGACCCGCGCCCGCGGCGGGAGGGGACAGCCCGCGCUCCGCCGCAGCGCAGCCCGGCCGCGGGCACCGAGCUCCGGGGCCAUGCCGCGCCGCGGCCCCGGCGCAUCAGCGCUCCGGCCGGGCGGGGAGGAGGCAGGGCCGACAGUGGGGGAUUCCUGGCCCCCCAAAGGAGGUGGGGGAGGCGGGGGAGGGGAGGCGGGGGGGAGGGGAGGCUGAGCUCCCGGAGAAGGAGACGAUCGCUCGCACAAAAUCCUGCGUCCUCAAGCCAGCCCCGGCGGACAGAAGUUGCCGCGGAGGCUGGGCUGGGACCCCCGGGCGCCCCGGCCGCUUGUCCCUCGCAUCCCCCACGCCGUGCUCAGCGUCACCAGCCAACACCGCGAAGGAAAAGCCGUGCGCGCCUUCCCCGAUAGUUUCCCCUCGCACAGCCGGGGGAAGGGGUGAUGGAAGAGGAAGAACUUCCCUUUGUCGUAGGAGAGGAUUGAGUGACCUCCGAAGUUUUGUUCCGGGAGGAAACCGCUUGAAGAAGUUUGUUUAUGGCCUGAUGUGAAGCCUUCCGAAGGCUGGAGCAGUGUCCAUUGCACACAGUCAACUUUGGGGCCCAUUUGAACACAUGCUGGAGGAAGCAGCAGGAAAUUAAUGUACAGAGAACAUUCCUGCCUUCUGUAAGAAGAUGGCUUAGCUGAUUUAAUAGCUUUUUCUCAGUCUGUGAUUCCAACAGCCAGGUGUUUGGAAGGGGAGUGUGCUGGCCGGGCCGGGGGCUGUCUUGGUGCUGGCCCUCGCAGCAGGGAGCUAGCAGAGAUGGUGGCCUGAGGGCACCAGCCCCGCGCGCAGACAUGGCCUUCGCCCAGUCCCACAUCAUGGCAGCCAGGAGGCACCAGCACAGCCGGCUCAUCAUCGAGGUGGAUGAGUACAGCUCCAACCCCACACAGGCUUUCACGUUCUACAACAUUAACCAGGGACGAUUCCAGCCCCCACAUGUGCAAAUGGUUGAUCCAGUGCCCCAUGACGCUCCGAAGCCUCCAGGAUAUACACGAUUUGUCUGUAUUUCUGAUACUCACUCAAGAACUGAUCCCAUCCAAAUGCCAUAUGGAGAUGUGUUAAUACAUGCUGGUGAUUUUACUGAGCUGGGACUUCCUAGUGAAGUAAAAAAAUUCAACGAGUGGCUAGGUAGCCUGCCCUAUGAAUACAAGAUUGUGAUAGCAGGAAAUCAUGAAUUGACCUUUGACCAGGAAUUCAUGGCUGACUUAAUCAAGCAGGACUUUUACUAUUUCCCCUCUGUUUCUAAGCUGAAGCCAGAGAGCUAUGAAAAUGUACAGUCUCUUCUAACAAACUGCAUCUAUCUCCAAGACUCUGAAGUGACGGUGAGGGGAUUCAGAAUAUAUGGCUCCCCUUGGCAACCUUGGUUUUAUGGCUGGGGCUUUAAUCUUCCACGAGGCCAAGCACUAUUAGAGAAAUGGAACCUUAUUCCAGAUGGAAUAGAUAUUCUUAUAACACAUGGACCACCUCUCGGAUUUCUAGACUGGGUUCCUAAGAAAAUGCAACGAGUAGGAUGUGUUGAACUGCUGAACACAGUCCAGAGACGAAUACAGCCAAGACUUCAUGUUUUUGGACAUAUCCAUGAAGGUUAUGGUGUGAUGGCUGAUGGAACCACCACUUACGUGAAUGCAUCUGUGUGCACUGUGAAUUACCAGCCACUUAAUCCGCCUAUAGUUAUUGACUUACCUACUCCAAGGAACACAUGAUUAUAAUGAGGAUUCAAGGUUCUACCCAACACAUAAGCAACUUUAUAUUGCUGGCUGAGAAUCCCAGUAGGGAACCAUUCAACAAAAAAAGCAAAAUUCUUCUUUUUUACCCUGCUAGCUGUUCACAGAUAAAUUUAGAGUAACAAAAGUGGACAAGGAAGAAAGACAUUUUGGUGCCAGAACCAGAUUAAAGACUAACAUUUCACCAUUAAAAUGUUUGUGAACACAGAAAAAUGACUGCAUUCCAUAUACAUACAUAUAUAUAUAUAUAUAUAUACACACACACACACACACACAUAUACAUAUAUAUAUAUAUAUAUAUAUAUAUAUAUAUUUAUCUCUAGUAGGGGCCUUUGUACAUACCGUAUACUGGACUUAUUAAAAGAACAAUGUCUUUCAAAGAAGUGUUUCUUUAAGAAAGUUUGCAGUUUAAACGUAAGUGUUUAGACUAGGAUUUCCUCAUUUCAGAUGUUUUUCAGUGAGCUUUUGGUAAAUAAAAAUGAUGGUAAAGAUGUUUUCCCAUAAUCAACAUGGCAAAUAUAAAAGAUGGUGCACAAAUGACCAGUCACAUGAGGAAAGCUAUUUCUCCAAGUCCUCCAGGUCUAAGUCUUUGCAUCUAUUCAAAACCAAUGCAAUACAGGCCCUAAUUCACUGUACUGAAAUGAAGUUUUACUACAUCUGGCAUUACAGAUGUCAAGGGAAAUGGUGCACAUUGCCAGCAUGCUGUAAACAGUUCAACAUUUAAGAAGGGAGACUGUGUAAAAUGCAGUAUAAACUCAGGAAUUUGUAACCUGGCCUCGCCUGUUUAAAAAAAAAAAAAUGGAUGACAUUUCCCUUAAAAAAAAAAAAAGAAGAAAAAAUAUAACUGUGUUUUCAUAUGGUAAAAUGAGAUGUUAUUGUAUUUAAGGAAAAAAGAAAGAGAAAGAACCUGCAAAGAGCCCACCCAAUGAUUAGUAAUGGUAUUUUAAAUAAAACCUACUGGGACCAUUGGUUUAAAAACUGCUAAUGGGACAUGCAGCCAAUUAUGAGAUUACUGGUUUGAAUUUGGCCCUGGGCAGGAGUGGUUAAAUGUCAUUGUGAUAAUUUUGUCCUUGGGAAACAUGGAUGUCAAGGGGAAGGUAUCAACCCAAGGUGUAGUUCAAGCACUCCCUUUUGGGUGGCUGUGGGUACACACCAAAGUGUGCAGAGCAGAGGUCACCUCAGGGGACCUGGUACUGCUGUUUGCCCACUCAUGGACACUGCUGAGAGAGGCUCAGCACAAACCCAGUAGAAACUCACCUGUUGUGUUGCUUUUGGGAGCAGGCAAAGCAGGGGAUGUGUCAGGAGCUGGCUGGGAUGGUCCACAGCCACAGUACUGACCGUGCAGCUCUCCUGCAGUGCUAGCAGAGGUAUUGAAGCUGCUGGGAUUUCAGUCCUGUCCUAGGUAGAAGCUUAAGAAUUGAUUACAAAGCCACUAAAAAAAACCCAGGGCUUCAGACAUGUCCUGCAAGAAAAUGUAUUUCUGCCUUGAACUAACAAACAUAUCCUUUUGACUUGAUGGAGAUAAUUUAACUGCUGUAUUCUGAAUGUGGGCAGAACUUGGGGCUGACAGCAUCUAGGCAUUAUCUUGUUCACAGACAUUGGGCACACCACAGCACUGCCAGUUCAGAGCUGGUUGCAGAUCUGUGCAUAGCCCACACCUGCACACAUGCAUUGGAGAAUUGUGUGUGUUACAUGGAUGUAAAUGUGAGUUUUACGUAGCAGCUGCAUGUACAUUAUACAAAUAAUUUACAAUACCUGUGUUGCCAAAUCAGGCCAUGUGAGCCUCAACUCUGGGCAAGGUGAGCACAAACUCUGCUUUUCACUGGCUUCCCACGUGCAGCAACUCUUCCAGGUGCUGCCUGGAGCCGAGAUAUUCAGGCCCAGUAACUGAUUCAUGCUGUGGACCCACAAGAAACCACUAGACCCCCAGAAAACAUGACAAGUCACAGGUCUGUAAUUUCUGGUAAUCUGUUGGGUGACUGUGUGUCUAAAGUAAUGUGCUGGUUUUUUUUUAACUGAAAAUGAAAUCCAAAACAAUAGGUGACAUCUGAAACUGGUUUUUGGGGGAGUGGUUCACAAGUGCAUGAGCAGUCUGCCAUUAAUUCAGAUGGGGCCACUUUUGUCAGAACUACUGGUGUAGAAAUUUCAGGAUCAGCUUAUAAAUCAGUAAGAACUGAAAAUCAUAGUUGAAUAUGAACUCCUGUCAUCAUUGGGAAGAUGAACAAUAGCAUGUAGUUAGAAUAAAAGUGGGUUAUCUAGUCACAACUCAAGUGGUCUACAAAAAAUGUGGCAGGAAAUUGGCUGUAUGUUAAAGUCUGAAAUGUUUACAUUCGCUCAUGGCACUUAAAUGUUAAAGUGAAGGGAAGAGGUCCUUUUAUUAGCCUCAGCAAAAUUUCUAUGUCAACCAUAAAAUAUUCUCUUAAAAAUAAUUUUUCCUAAGGUAUCUUCCAAAUACUGUGUAUUUUUAUGUGGAAAGGAUAUUAAAGCAACUGUUACUUCAAAAUAUCAUUUAAAGUACUUGAGGUAUGAAAGCUUAAAGAUUAUUUAAUCAUUUUGGCAUAACUUGAGUGUUGUAAUUUUUGGUCAAGCAUGUUAGAUGAAUAAAGUCUUAAAAAAAACAAAACAACACACAACAAAAAAUAAGGUCUCUUAAUGUGCAGCUCAUGUGAUCAGCUCCAUGUUGGAAUGCCUGCCAUAUUCUCCAGGUGUAGGAGCCAGGCUGUGGGACAUUAAAGUUUUUAUGGAGGGGGGUCAGCAGAGGGUGCCCUGCUCUGCCCCCCAGCUUCCAGCCACCACAUCUCUUGCAGAGGGUAACAAGCUUGAGGUUUGGGUUGCAGAGAGAUGGGAAAACAGCAACCACUGCCUGUAAUGGAUGUAUUUUGGUGGGACAGUGUGCCAGGUGUGCCUGAGAGGCAGGGAAAAGCUACCGUGAGAGUGCUGCAGCACAGCUCUGGAGAGGUCAAGAACUAGGAUGCCAUCCUUUGGGAAUGGGCAGCAGUUGGGGGAUGAGUUCCUCAUCUGAUUUGGGUGUCAGGACACAUUUUCACAGAGAGGGAGUUUAAGGCCAGGUGAAUAUUUUUAUUUGUGGGCACAGAAAGACCUGAGUUCCUGAUCUACCUCAGAUAAGGGAGGCCAUGAAAAGGAAGAUUUCCACAAAUCCAGCUGUGCAGUUGUCAGCUCUUAUUUAAAUUUGGGAUGACCUCUCAAGUAAUUUCCUGACACAGCAGGUGGGAAGGUGCUCUGGUCUGGUCUGGUGCAGGAGGGAGCCAAAGGAGGUAAGAAGUGGUUUGUCUUUCCAGUCACUGACUGCUGCCUACAGUCAAUACAAAUACUUUAGAGGAAGGAGGAAUGAUCAUCCCUUAGAAGGCAAUUUUUGUAAUAAUCUGCCCAUGGGGACCUUUGCCCCCAUCCCAUUUAUUGCUGUUUGUGUGAAAAUUUCUCUCUUAAAAGCUAUAUUAUUGCUUUCUGCUCAAGUAACUCACACAGAGCAAAUAUAACUGCAAAUGGUCUUUCCUUUCAGGUACAUUCUUGUCCCUUUCUUGCAAGUCUCUCUGCAUCUGCAAUUUUAGUGAUAUUUUGGAACAGGGACCACUCUGGAUGAUUAUGCAGAGUGCAUUAGAACAACAGUAUUUCUCUUAUCCUUGAAUGUGUGCUGCUGCUUGGGUUUAUUGACUGUCCCUUUGUUCUCUUUUUAUGUACAAAGUGAAAAUAGGAGUACUUAUACGCACCUCUUUUGUGCCAUUUGUUAUUUUGUAUAUUGGCCAUUAUGUUGCUUUUUACUCACUUCAUCUAGAAAUUAAAAUUAUUUCAAUUCUA